AUGAGAAUAAUUUUAUAUUUAUUGAUAUUUGGUUACGCAAUCUGUGAAGUACCUAACAAUAAUACUAUUACUUAUUAUAAUACGAAGUCAGCAUAUCAAUAUUUGAUUGAAAAUGAGGAUUAGUUAAUAAUUGGUUAUUGGACAGCAAGCUCAGAACACCUCGUUUAUUUAAAUAUAGUUUUUGAUAACUAAAAUUUAUUAUUGCAAGUUUAUCCCAAUCAGAAUAAUAAUUAAAGAGAGCCUCAUUUUUUCAGAUUGACUUACUCAUUGAGUAACAGUUCCUAUCACUUUGAUUCAGUUCAAAAGUAUCUAUAGAUUAUUACUAUUUAGUCGAAUGACAUGGAAAAAUGUCUUAAUUGAAAUUACUCUUUAAAAUAAUAGAAAUCACACUCCAUUUUAAUGUUAAGCCACUCUUUAAUUAGAAAUUGAAAAAUACUAAAAUUCAAAAAAUCUUAAUAUUUAUAGUGAUUUUGACAAAGAUUGUUAAUUGACUGAAGAAACAAUAAAACUAUUAAUAUUUAACAAUUCACAAUAUUCUUUAUAAGUGUAAAUCUACUCAGCACUUAUAAUAUUCAUUUCAUUAUUUCAAAUUAUUAAUUCACAUUACUAUUUAAAUACAGAUCCUAUACCAAAUUAAGGAGGAUCGAUUACUAUGUCCAUUAUACUUGCUUAAGAUAUUUACAUAUGUAUAUUGAGUUCAUUACUAUUUGAUAUACCAAGAUUAUGCUAUUUUAUUCCUUCUUUAGUUUGUUAAUCAAUUACUAUUUUAUUUGACCUGAAAUUAAAAACUAAAUUAUCAGUAAUUAUAUUAUAAUAAUGUAUAGUAAAAAUAAAAUUACAAUAAGAAAGAAUUUCUUUUAUUUUUCAUUGAAUUAUUAUCUCUAACAUUUUUAUUCCUUCAAAUACAAUAUUCAUAUGGAUUGAUCCUUCUUAAUGUACUUUUAUUUCCAUAAUUAAUAUUCACAUAUUUUACAGGAAAACGAUAGAAAUUUAGCUUUAAUUAUAUUGGAAUCAUUGUCCCAAGAGUAAUACUUUCCUUAUACUUUACAGGAUACACUAAUAACAUUUUAUUAAUGUAAUUUAAUUUAGUUGUUUUUGCAAUAAUCUUAAUUAUAUUUCUAAUAUCAUCCUUAUUAUACUAUUGUCAAUGUCAAUAUGGAUUAUUCAUUCUUUCAAAUAAUAAAUUUAAUUACUUCAUUAAAUUUAAGGAUGAUCAUAUUAAAAUAGAUUGUUCAAUUUGUCUGGUUAAUCUAUCAGAUACUCCAGAUCAUAUCAUAAAUUCAUAAGAACCUAUUCUUAUUUAGACUUUAAAUAUGGCCAUAUAAAAACACUUAUUAAUGAACACUCCAUGUGUAAGACUUAAUUAUAUGCAUAGAAUCAUAUAUUUCAUCCUUCUUGUUUGAUUUAAUGGAUGUAGAUUAAUCUUACUUGCCCUUUAUGUAAGAGUUCACUUCCUUAAAUAUGUUGA